GAUGGAGCCACCUAAUACCAGGAACCCCCCAGAGAGAUGUCCCCAUCCUCUGUAUUCCCGGGAUUCCACACAGGAAGGUCACACCAUCCCUCACCAUCAUCAGAGUGGAAACCUGAGAGAUCCUAAAGUUGAGGUUAAAGAAGAGAUAAAAGAGGAGGAGGACGAGGAUGGGGGGAUGGAGGAGUCAGAGCUUCUAAAAGAACACAAAGAUCUGUACCAGGACACCAUGGUGGAGUCAUCCAGCUACAGGAACCCACCAGAGAGAUGUCCCCGUCCUCUGUAUUCCUGGGAUUCCACACAGGAAGGUCACACCAUCCCUCACCAUUAUCAGAGUGGAAUCCUCGGGGAUGAUAAUAUUGUUGUUAAGGAAGAAUUUAUAGAGGAGGAUGAGGAGUAUGGAGUGAUGCAGAAGUCCUCAGAAGGGCACAAGGAUAUGAUGGAGCCACCUAAUACCAGGAACCCACCAGAGAGAUGUCCCCGUCCUCUGUAUUCCCGGGAUUCCACACAGGAAGGUCACACCAUCCCUCACUAUUACAAGGAUGAAGAUCUAAUAGAUGUAAAAGUUGAGGUGAAAGCAGAAGAAGAAGAGGCGUAUGUGAGGGAUGAUCAGCAGUCUAUGGAGGAGGAUGGAAUAACGGGGACAUUUAUAGAGGAGGACACUCCUACAGAGAUCAGCACAGUCCAUGGCCGGGAGAUGAGGAAAACCUCCGAGGAUUGUCUCACUUUG